UCUCCCAGGGCACUAGGUACCCAGCACUAAGACAUCUAUUCUUUGAGCUGAAAAUGAUGUGCCGUAGCAAGAGUUUGCUCCUGGCUGCUUUGAUGUCAGUGCUGCUACCUCACCUCUGCAGCAAGUCAGAAGCAGCAAGCAGCUUUGACUGCUGCCUCCAAUAUACAGAAAAAAUCCUUCAUCCCAAAUUUAUCGUGGGCUUCACACAGCAGCUGGCCAAUGAAGCUUGUGACAUCAAUGCAGUCAUCUUAUACACAAAGAGAAGAUAUGCUGUGUGUGCAGAUCCAAAGAAGAAUUGGGUGAAACAAGCAGUGCAUAUGCUCAGUCAAAGAGUCAAGAAGAUGUAAAAAUGGAUACUCCCUGGAAUGGAACUGGACACAGCCCAAGAACAGGAGGAACCUAGCUGAGCUGGCAGUUUCACUUGCACACUGUUGCAGGUUCAGAGCUUAUCUGAUUUGUGUCUCAUUGGACUUGUCCAAUUAGUGAAGUUGAUUCAUAUUGCAUCACAGUUUGCUUUGUUAAGCAUCACAUUAUACUCUAUUUUAUGUUAUGUUAUUUAUAUAUGUGGUUUUAUUUGUGUUUUGCUAUUUAAUACUAGUUUUCCAUAAGCUAUUUGGUUUAGUAUGAGGUAUAAAGUUAUGCUUGGAGGAAUAAGAUAUAUGGACUUGCUUGCAAGCAGAAGGCUAUUAAAAAAAAUUAACAUUCUUCUGUUUAUAUAGUUCUGUUUCCUAAAUUGUUGUAAUUACCUUGUUAAAGAGAAAAAUGAUAAGAAGAAUAAAUAUUGAAAAUAAAAGAACCAAAACUUAUUUGUGGAUUGAGUUAAAUAGCAUUUAUUAAGAGGUGUAUUAAGAAUAGUUAAGAGUUUAGUAAAUGUUGUGAAAAUUGUAUUCCCCAUUUACUUCUUCCUGGUUUUUCCC